CCUAUUGAGUAAACACGACGACGAAUAGCAGUCUUCCGUCACAUGCCAACCAAGACCCAAAGCUACCUACCCCGCUAUAGAGUGCAUAGAGCCCUGAAUCUAGCCAGGUACAGAGCAUAGCGUCGACGCCCUUGCCCUGCAUCUGUCACACCUCGUUCAAGUUCUUAAACGACGACGACAUUGAAUCCCGGUCCUAACCUCUACCGAGUGAAUCUUCACCUUCCAAUUCCUCCUACCGACCGUCGCCUCUCGACCCUUGACCCAGACGACAGAAUUAAACACCAUAUCUAUCCAUAUCCAUACACAUAGAGAGGAGAAGAGAAGAGAAGAGAGAAGACGACAAUCCAUAGUUACCACAAUCUUCAAAAUGCCCGCGAUAAACCUCCUAGCAGGCAAAACCGCCAUCAUAACAGGCGGAACCACCGGCAUCGGUCGCGCCAUCGCCCUCGAGUACAUCCGACAAGGCUGCAACGUGGUCGUAAACCACCUCGGCCUCGCCAGCGACGCGGCGCACCUCGAGUCCCUCAUCUCCGAAGCCGCAUCACUCAAAGCCCUUUCCCCUCUCGAGGGCCUGACAAUAGGAACCCUCGACCACAUCCCCGGCGACGUCUCCCACCCAACCACGGGUCCCGCCCUCGUCGCCCGCGCCGUCUCCCUCUUCGGCCGUCUCGACAUAUGUGUGAGCAACGCGGGGAUAUGCCAAUUCGCCGAGUUCCUAACAUUGACGGGGGAUCUAUUCAGCAAGACCGUACGCACGAACCUCGACGGCGCAUUCUACGUUGUCCAAGCCGCAGCGCGACAAAUGGCCUCUCAACCACCCUUCCCCACAACCACAACCCCCUCUCCAUUCUCCGCUCCAGCCCCGUCCUCCUACUCCCCGCAAGUCCACCGUGGGUCGAUAAUAGCGCUAUCCUCUAUAUCUGCCCUCGUAGGCGGCGGCGAGCAGACGCACUACACGCCCACGAAAGCGGGCGUGCUAUCGCUGAUGCAGAGCUGCGCCGUGGCUCUCGGCAGCCAUGGCAUUCGAUGCAAUGCGCUUCUUCCGGGGACGAUCCGCACGCAGCUCAAUGAUGAAGAUCUCGCUGACGACACCAAGCGUGCCUAUAUGGAGGGCCGCAUCCCGCUGGGUCGGACGGGAGACCCGCGCGAUAUGGCGGGUCCGGCCGUCUUCCUCGCCUGCGACGAGCUGAGCGGAUACGUGACGGGUGCGCAGCUGUUGGUCGAUGGGGGUUUGUUUGUGAAUCUGCAGUGAUUCUUGGUGAUAGUCUGUUGUACCUAACCUACCUUACUAUCUACUU